AUGGGUGGACAAAGCAGACUGUCGACGGCUCAGUUAUGGAGAAACCAUGAGGAACAGCAGGGGUGGGUGGGGUGCUUCAUGUCCAAGAGAGUCAGUUCCAAUGUGUGUUCACCUAUAUCGUAUACUCUAGGUGCUGUGGUCUCAUACGUGGAAGUGGUACUGACCACUUGUAGGGCAGUAGAGAUUUUUGUCAGCAAGCAGGCGAGUCUGAUAGUUGUAGCAAAAUCGGCUGCAAGCAAUGCUAUUGUAUGGGCUACUGGAAGGGGAGAGGUGGCAUGGAAGGUGAAAAGGUCUGGCUAUAUUAGAGAAUAUAAUGAAGAGGAUAUUACAGAGUUAUUAUGUCAGUCCUUUCCCAAGGAAAACAUAGAAAUUAUCGAAUCCAUCCCUCCGUCAUCAAUCGUCCUCACCAUCCCACCUAACAAACACACCGCCGAAGUUACAUUAAAUCGUUAUACGAUAGAGGCCAAGAAUGAGCAUUACAAGUUCAACAAGUUGAAGGAGUAUAUGGUUUUGCCCAAUAUGGCUUCAGUUCCAAAUAUUAAAGCAAUCUCCUAUGAUGUCUGCGGUGUAGUUAGCAUGGUUGGUUUUGGAUACAAGGAAAAGGUAGCUUUGACCCAUGGACUUGAGAAUGUCAAACCUCAAGUCAGACAGACAGAUGGAAAUGGCAAUUUCUGCUUUGAGUUAGUGCAAGGAAAGUACUAUGUUUUAAAUGCUUUAAAGAAGUUGGUGUUAACGCAUAGUAAUUUGGUGACAGAGGAGCUUUCAUGCCAAAACCAAGAUCAUCCACUGGAGGACCUUAGGGAAAUCAAGCAUGAACUUCAAGAUGAGAAAAACAGUGAAAGCUCAGAUGUGAAGUGGAUCAUUGCUAUCCAAAAUUUGAAGGCUUAA